UAUGAACAACACAAUCACUUCUAUUUAUACUAUCUCUCCUUCCCUCCCUCCCUCUCCGAAAGCGCCAAGGAGAAGACGAAGAAGCUCUCUCGAAGGUAUUAAUGGCUGCCGACGUAAGCUCUCUGGUUCAGAUCCUGGGAGGCGGAGGCUGCAAGGACGACCAGCACCGGCCGGCGGUGAAUGAUUCCACCCGCGAGAAACCGGUGGCUCUGAUUACUCGAGACCUGCUCGGCGGCACCUCUAAUUGCGUCGUCGAAUCUCAGGAUUUGGAUCUUGACCUUCCGGUUCCUAGUGGAUGGGAGAAACGCUUGGACCUCGAGUCAGGGAAAGUGUACAUUCAGAGGUGUGACACUUCAAGCUUACCUUCCAUGUCUGAACAAAAACUCCAAAUGAAUCAUGAAGGUACAUCAACACAGUUAAAACUCAAUUCGCCAUUGAAGGCACCUCUGAACCUUUUUGAUGAAACAAGCUUGGAUUUGAAGCUUGUUUCAUCCUCAAACCCAUCGAGUAAUAAUUACCAGAGCGUAUGCACCCUUGACAAAGUGAAAUCAGCACUUGAAAGAGCAGAGAAAGAGCCAAUCAAGAAGAGAAAUUCACUCUGGAAACCACUGUCAUCACCAUCACCCUCCUCGUAUUCAUCUUCAUCCUCUUCCAUGAGAGAAGCUCAGGAAGAAGAAAGUGAAGAGAGAUUGAUGUCAUCACCAGUGGCAGCUGGAUGCCCUGGAUGCUUGUCAUAUGUACUGAUAACGAAGAUCAAUCCAAAAUGUCCAAGGUGUAAGUCGGUUGUUCCUUUCCCAUCGAUGAAGAAACCUAGGAUAGACCUCAACAUAUCGAUCUGAUAGAGAUUGAGGAUAUUUAAUAAUUGCAUCUGGAAAAAAAAUCUGUUGAUUCUGUAAAUGAUAGAUGAUAUUAGGCGUUGAAGGAUAGGAUUAUUUGAUCACGAUAUGUUAGCCAGUAAGCCAGGUCUUAUGUAUAUUGCAAAUGGAUUGCGCGCAGUUUGAUUAGCGAAGCCAAUAGAAUAUUUUAUACUUCAA